CCAUAGUCUGAGAGAAUAAGAGGGUGGUUGCUUCCCUGAAGUCAUGACAGAGUGAGGCAAAAAGAACCUCUCACCCGUUCUAAAGCAAAGUCCUGAUUCGGGACCUAUUUCGUGCGGCGGGGGCGGAGCGACAACUCUCGCGCUUAGAACAACUGCAGCUGCGCGGAGUCACACUUCCGUCCCCGACCCCGAGAGCUUGCAGAAAGAUCUGUUAUGGCGGCGGGGAUGUUGGGUUUGUGCGGCCGCCGCCUUUUGGCAGUAGCGGCGACGCGAGGGCUCCCGGCUGCCCGUGUUCGCUGGGAAUCUAGCUCCUCCAGGGCUGUGAUCGCCCCGUCCACUCUGGCGGGAAAGCGGCCGUCAGAACCGACUUUACGCUGGCAGGAGGACCCAGAACCCGAGGACGAAAACCUCUACGAGAAGAACCCAGAUUCCCACGGUUAUGACAAGGACCCUGCUGUGGACGUCUGGAACAUGCGAGUUGUCUUCUUCUUCGGAUUCUCCAUCGUCUUGGUCCUUGGCAGCACCUUUGUGGCUUAUCUGCCUGACUACAGGAUGCAGGAGUGGGCCCGCCGGGAAGCUGAGAGGCUUGUGAAAUACCGAGAGGCCCAUGGCCUCCCCAUCAUGGAAUCCAACUGCUUCGACCCCAGCAAGAUCCAGCUGCCAGAGGAUGAGGACUAACUGGUUGCCAAAAGAGGCAUAAGAAGCACCACCUUCUCUACCCUGCCUGCCAUUCUGCCCUCUCCUCAGAGCCCCUAAUUAAAGGGACUGAAAGUGUGA